AUGUUCUUCUUUGGCUUUGGGAAGCUUAUCUAUGUCACUGUCCUCAUAAUCAACGCUAUCGCUGUCCUUUCCGAGGAUCGAUUCCUUGCUCGCAUUGGAUGGGGUCGCACGCAAACUGAGCCGGCCUUCGGCGCAUCCCACGAUAGCACCAGCGUGAAGGCGAGGUUGGUCAAGCUGAUUGACAGUGUGCGGACACUAAUGCGGAUACCUCUUCUCGGAAUCAACAUACUCAUCAUUGUCUACGAGCUCAUUCUCGGCUGA